UGUCUGGUACACUCAUAUCAUUCAAUCCAACCAAACCAUGUUGAAAAUCAUCCUUUCCGUGACAUCUUUCUUCCUCGUUUUCUGUCCUUCGGACGUCUAUGGUCGUGGUCUCUGCGCCUCGAUAGCGAUGGAAAACUUCCCAUGCCAACCUAACUCUGGGCAGGUUUCUAGAAGAAUUAUAACCGUCCGAGAUUUGGCUUGGCUUCUCACCCCACACUCAUAUCUCAUAACUAAUGGCAAUCAGUACACCUUCCGAUCAUUGUACGAAACACUUCUCGGAUCUUGUGCAUCUGAUGAGACACAUCUUCAGCAAAUGCGGGCUGGGGCUGACUUCGAUAUGCGUAAUCUAGUCCUCUUUGUCGAACCAGUUUGGCGGAAGAACAGGACAGAUACUCCAUUUCUUCACAUGAUUUGUGAACCCGCAGUUAAUCAUGAAUUGUGGCGUUCCAUUUAUGAAACAAUGUUCAAGCUCAAGGUCCGAGAUUUUCCCAGCAUUGAGGCUGCUUUGAUAUCCAUGAUGGAAAAGCGACCGGAAAUUAAACAAGCUAUCCGAAAUUUCGGAAGGUUUAAUUGCAAGGCUAAUCCAACUUGUAAAAAUUCCAUGGUCUCAAAUCCUCUUUGCUCGCCAGGAGUUCGCAUGGAUCGGUUUAGUGAAUUGAACGUUGUGGUUUUUUGGACUGAUCACAUUAGCGACACGACCCGGACUGGGACAGGACUAGCGAUCGAAGGCUGUCUCAACGGGAAGCCAAGUUGGGCCGUAUUUUCCAAAGUACCACAUCAAUCUAGACAUAAUUUAGCAGAGAUAAAAAGUCUGAUUGAGGGACCAGAAGGUUACGGAUGGGGGACGCAUUGCUGGGGAAAUUUUAAUAUGUGGUACUAAUAUGUGAUUUGUGGUGUAUUUUCAAUUUAAAAUUCCCUCAAUACGUUUCUUGAAUUGUAUUGCCACAUAUUUAUUUCUGUACUGAUUUAUACGGCGACUGAACUGAAUUAUAUUUUCAACUAGAUUGAUUUCCAUAUUUCGAAAUAUUACGUUAAGGUAAAAAAUUAAUAGCUGACUGAAAGCAUUUAUGUAAAUAUGCUGACAAUUAAAAGAUAAUCUUCUGUAUAACUUGUCGAAAAAUUAGUAAUAUUUAAGAAAAUUGUGUAAAUUAAGUAUAUGUGAUUGUGACAUAAAGUAUGUAAAUGAGGCAAUAUUCCAUGCGUUUUAAAUGAAUCAAUUUAAUUGAACCUUUUUAAGGCGGAAUAGCAUGCUGGCUGAUGCGGGGUUUUUUGUUUGAAUUGUUGUGUCUCAACUUUCCCUUCCUCCAUGCAUUCAAAUGGCGAUUUUGAAAAAUGUUCACCGCCUUUCGUUUUUAACAAUAUGAAGAUAUUAAUGCACCUAAAAAUCG